AUGACCGCACAUCUUCUCCAGCUCGAGCAACUAGCAAAGGCCCUCACAAAGGUGCCACUGGAGCUAACGAACCACAUGAUCAGACUGAAGAGUGGUAUUCGUAUAACUCCACUGCCAGGUAUUAGUAGGCACAAGGUCAAGAAGCCGGCUACCAGCACAUCAUACUACUUCGGCGGGCCCGAAGGUAUCGAAGCUGAGCCCGAAGUCCUCGAUGAUGAAUGGGAAAUUCCGUCCAAAUCGAAGAAAGUAUCAAAGAGGACGACGGUCACCACCCAGGAUCCGAAGCCAGCUGAGACAACAAUACCAGCCCCAAUCACUGACAAAGAAGAGGCUGAUAUUCUCGGCAACUUCGACACGUUCAAGCAAACCAAGAAGGAGAAGUGGCACGAGGUGCAAGAGACUGCCGCUCAGAACGAGCGUAUUGCUAAGCGACCUCCUAUCUCAAAGACAAGCCGAGAUGGCGCCUCAACGCCUGCUGAAGGUGGCAAGCCUAGUGCAACUGAAAAGGAACGGUCGGCUCAUGAUCCCUGGGUACAGCUUGCUGAACGAGAGCAAGCCCGCCAAGCCCGUCGAUCCAGCACUGGAGCAGACACGCCGACUUACCCAGCCGAUGCGGACUCGACUGGUGUCUGGGACCAGUGGGAUGAUGUGAGGAAGAAACCCGCGAAGAAGGGCAUUACCCGCCGUGAAUCAUAUCGCGAGCCUUAUGUUGACUCGACCGGGCGCCCAGCUGUACCCCCGGUUAUCAUCCACAAACACAACGAUCCAAAGCCCGGCGACAGGCGCCUGACACGACGAGAGAAGGUUGAGGGAUCGAUGAGAAGCCAGGCUCUUGAUGAGGAUGGGCGGCGCCAUGUCCGAGUGCGCGUUGAACAGCCUCGUCUCGCAACUGAUAGUGAUAGCGCGGACUCAACCAAAGUUAGGCAACUAGAAGAGGACCUCGAGGAGGCAGAGAAGGAAGUCGAUGCAGAGCUCGAAGCUGUCAAGAGACGCCAGAAGGAGAUUUCGCCAAAGAAAGCAACCGUCACUGAUCCGGGCCCAGAUGAGCUUGAUAGCGAAAAAGAGGAAUUGUCUUCCAAGAGCAAGGGCAAGACGCCAGCAGCAGCAGGACGCAGCAAGCCGGAUCCCCUAGAGCCGCCGGAGCCGGGGAUCUCACGGAAACCAACCGUAACGGAUGCGGAGAGCAGUGAUGAGUGA